AUGAGCGAUGUAGUGAAGAAAGAAGUUAAUAAACUAAAAGCAGCAAGAAUGAUAUAUCCCAUCUCUGAUAGCCCAUGGGUAAGUCCAGUUCAUGUAGUGCCUAAGAAAGGAGGAAUAACGGUCAUGAAGAAUGAAAAGAAUGAGUUAAUUCCGACUAGAAACGUGACCGGAUGGCGUAUGUGCAUAAACUACAGAAGGUUGAACCAAGCUACCAGGAAGGAUCAUUUUCCUUUACCAUUCAUAGAUCAGAUGCUGGAAAGACUUGCAGGACAAGCAUACUAUUGCUUCCUAGAUGGAUACUCCGGAUAUAACCAGAUAGCAGUGGAUCCAGCAGAUCAAGAGAAGACAGCUUUUACAUGCCCCUAUGGAGUGUUUGCCUACGGAAGAAUGCCAUUUGGCUUAUGCAACGCACCAAUAACAUUCCAAAGAUGCAUGCUGUCUAUUUUCUCUGAUAUGAUUGAAAAAUCCAUGGAG